AUGUCUGGAAUAAUUGCCGGUUCCUUCAAGUUUUAUAAAUACUCUUUAUUGUUUUUAAUUCAAAGAUUUUCAUUAAUUGAACAGGUUUACUAUGGAAUUAAAAUCCACGGCAGUCACGGUGUUUCAUGUUGGCUUCUUAGAAAUGUUCAAGGUUUGACAAAUGAGAUUAAAGGAAAAAGUGUCUCUUGGAUUGUGAAAGCUACUAAUUUGUACACUGCGUGUGGAGGAAGGGACUUGGAUAAAACCGGUAGCAGGGCUAGAGUUGAGCUACUUGCACUUGUGUGGGGUAGCAUGGCACAUAAUAGCUAG